UAGAGGGCACGUUCGUUGGCAGUUCCGUGUCCGUCGAUCCGACCGACAUCCUCUCUGUGCUGCCGCAUUCUCGGCCAGCGCGAAGCCCCAGCAAUCGCUGGUCCUCCUGUCAAUACAUCCCUCGGUAGGAUUUCGUCCUCGCAGGUUCGUCUAGAUCCCGUCCAGCAGCUCACACAGUCGUUUAGAUUAGAAAUCGGUAGCUAGCAGGAAAAAAAGAAGAAAAAGAGAGAGGGCGAGAGAAUUUGACUGCUCGAAGAGAGGAAGAUCUCCUUUUUUUUUUGAGAGAGAGGAGAAAAAGAUUAAAAAGAGAGAGAGAGAAGAUCUUAGUCGCUAGAGGAUAGGAGCAUAACUGGAUGGAUUUUGGGAACCAGGCAGUGGGCGAAGAUGAAUCGCCCGGCAAGCUGAGGCAGUGGAAGAGCACAGACGAUUCCAUCUGGGUGUCACUGGAUUUUCCCAGGGUGUGCGUGGAGACUUUGUUCGCUGCCAACGCCGCCAAGAACAGCGAGUGCGAGAGCAUGGAUCCCGUGUUUCGAUCCGACAUGUUCUCGUGCCUCUUGGAGAAUGCGAGGCGGAAGCUGGAAGAGGCCAUCACCGGGAGCUGUAAGAAGCCAUGCUGUGUGGACUCGAGGAAGGAACAGGCCAAGCGAGAGCUGGAGGCGAUCCAGCAGGGUGGUGGCUACUGGGACGCCACCAUGUCCGGCCUGGGAUUCAAAGGUUUCAGCCAGGAGCUGAGAAUGCUCGAGGAGGACGCGGAUAAAGCUGGGUUUUUUGACAAGAAGGUCGGUGAGGCUGAGGCAACAGGACCAUCGUACUUCACCCAGGGGACAUCGUCUUUGUGGAGCACGGAUGGUUUUGGAAAGGAGGGUCCUUUCGAAUGCUCCGUGCCGACUUCUCCACACGAAGGUUUAUUCUACGUGCUGCCAUACUUGCUGCUCAAGGACCUCCUGUCCGUGGAGCAAGUCUGCCGGUCCCUGAAAGACGCGGUGUCUUGCGACGUGCUGCUGUGGCAGCACCUCAAGAUCGAUCACUCGCUCAGCACAAAGUUGACGGACGAGGCUCUGCUCAAGCUCGCGGCCAGGAGCCAGGGACGGCUCCAGAGUCUCAUGCUCGUCGAGUGUUUGAGGAUCUCGGACGAGGCUGUCGAGCAAGUGGUGGCGUCCAAUCCCAUGCUCUCGAGGAUUCUUCUCCCUGGCUGCAUCAGGAUCAGCGUGGACGCUGUCGUCAGGAUGGUGGAGUUUCUCGAGCGGGGAAGAUCCCAGGGGUUGGGGGUGAAGCAGAUCAAGAUCCGUGGUCUCUCCGGUGUGACAAAGGACAACCUUGAGCGGCUACAAAUGCUACUUGGUGUCGACGAGUCGCAGCUGCAGCAGCAGUUACUGAAACCACACUACUACUUGUGUGGCGACGCCACCACGAGCUUCGUAGACGAGCGAGCUAUCGACGUCGAGGCGUGCCCGAGGUGCAAGCAGCCGAGAGCCGUGUUCGACUGCACGAGGGACAAGUGCCGCGAUUGGAAGGCACUUAAGAUUCCGCAGUGCCGGGGCUGUAUCUUUUGCAUCUCCCGCUGCGAAGACUGCGGGAUGUGCAUAGAUGACACGGACUACGAGGAAACCUUCUGCCUGCGGCUGCUUUGCUCCGACUGCUGGCUUCGCCUCCCAAAGUGCCUCGAGUGCAACAGGCCCGGGUGUGAGAGCAGCUCCGACUACUUCAUCCGGAGGCCGGACGCCAUCUUCGUGUGUCCGGAUUGCCAGGGUGCUUACAAGAACGGUGCAGGUCUGGAAUUCUACGUGAUAUGAUUCACCGGUUUUGGAUUUUUGGAUUGGAAGAGCAGACAGGAGAGACAACAUAUAUAUACUUAUCGCCCCGACGUUGGUACAGAUGUAGAGCGUUUUCGCGACAGUAGGAGGUGUGGAGUAGCAGAUUUUCCGAAGGCGAUUUUUAUUGAGGAUGGCAGUAGCACCACUUCUGUGAAUUUUCGCUUCUCUCGGCGUGUUUCAAAAAUAAGACCACGGAGAGAGGUGCACUGAAAGUUUCUUUCUCUUAUCAGGCACGGCAUUGCUCUCAUCUCUCUCCGAUCGUUGUCCGAGAUCGAACGGUAGAGAUGGGUAUGCAACGCAUCGAUGCCAAGUGUCAUCACAGAGCUUUAGGUAGGCAAGAGUGAGAGGAGUGCUGCUGGCUGGCUGGUCGGUUGGCUGUCUGGCUAUGGCUCUCGAGUGUAGCACCAGCUUCACCGCCGCUUGUGGCUGCGCUAGCUGCUGCGCGGCACGACGACUCUCCACCUCGAAUUUUGUAGCUUCCAUCU